AUGUGUUCAACUCCUCAGUACAAGUUCGUCACCUUCGGCGAUGAAGAGGGCAGCUUCCAGCCUGCCGACAAAGCUACUCGGAGUCAUGCCAUCCGCACGGCGAUCCAAAGGGGUCCAUCCGAAAUAGGCGCCAACACGGCUCUCACAUCCAAGGGUACCAUCACACACAAAUCUCAGCUGAAGGGUCGUUUCAGGCUGUCUGGGACAUCCAGUCGCCCUGCGCAAAAACGCGGGAAACAGGCAACUUCAUCAGAUUCUCGUCCUGCUCAAGCCACCUUUGAAAUCAUACCGCCCUCUCCGCUGCCCCCUUGGAUUCAAAGGCUGGGAAGCGAUAAUGCGGAUCCUUUCAACACAUUGCCCAUUCCGAGCAAUCCCUCCGUGGACUCCCUCGUCAAAUAUUUCAUCACGAGGUUCAAUCUCAAUUCGACCACAACAGACACGCAGAGACCAUGGUUUCCCUACGCCAUGCAGAGCGCUCUCAUCAUGCGUGUAACCUUGUCUUUGGCAGCUGAAUUUCUCAACCAAGCCAUGCCGUUGCUCGAUCUGAGGCUCAAGCGCGAAGGGUAUCGGCAGAAAGGAGAGGCAAUGCGGAUGAUUAGGAACCGUCUGGAAUCUCAAGAGUCUGCUCGGAGUGCAAGCGAGGAUCUCGCGGUUCUUGCCGGCGUGGCCAUGCUCGGCAGUGUCGAAGCGUUUCAGGGCAAUUUCGAUGCGGCGAAUGUCCAUUUGACAGGGCUCUAUGCCAUGAUUGAAGCUCGAGGCGGACCAGACACGAUCAGGCACGACUAUAUUCUUUGUCGCUGCAUCAACUGGAUCGAUAUUCAGGUAGCAUCCGGUCUUGGAAGAAUACCCAAGUUUCCAAUGUUCCAUACCUUGGAUCAGGUGUCUCUGCCAUCGUCAGUCGUGAAUCGUGCAAUGACGCCUUCCUUGCGUCACAUGGACAAACUCGGAGGGCACAACCCCGGCGAGAGCAAUGAACCACGUAAGAUUUUCACGACGCUCAGGCAGGCAAUAUUCUCGCAGGCGGGGUCGGUGUCAGCGGACACGAUCAGAAUUGUCAUGAACACGGCAGACAGUUCGAUUCUGCAGUUUCUCUACGUGGAGCGCCGGAGCGCCACGCCAGUCCAGAAACGCUUCCUCGUCCUCGUCUCGGCCGCGCAGGUCUUCCUCUACGCCGUCCUGCGCGAGAUUCCCACAACCGGGCACAUGGUCCGCAUUCUCGUGGCGAGGUUGCGCGCCGCGCUGGACGAUGCGGAUUCGAUCGCCCUCGUCUGGGUCUCCCAUGACGCCACUCUGAUGUGGGUGCUCUUCGUUGGUAUCGUCGGCUCCGGAACAACGGAGGACCGCCAGUGGUUCACAUGUCGUCUCCACGACGUCUUGGACAGAGCCAGAGACAUCUUGCCACCGGAUCGAUGCGACCGACAAAGUCUGCAGCAGUUGCUCGCCGGCUUUCUUUGGCUGGACAGAUUUUGCCUGCCGGUGCUGGACGAGAUCUGGGUCCAGUGGGAGCGCAAUAGCACACAGGAGCAGCUCAACAAAGCAGUCAAAUGA